AAUUGCGCUCUUUUACUUUUCGAUAACAAAUGCUUGCGAUACUGGAAUGAUCGCAGUGCCACAAAAAUUAUCGCAACAAACAGCUGUUAUUUGUUAUCGAUGAAGCUGUCGAAAUUAAAUGAUAUUGAACGGGAAUACGGCUACGUGCAAAAGGGAAAAUAUCGUGAAUAUCGAUAUUAUAUCAACAAUUGACAUACACACAAAAAAAAAACAACAUAUUCAGUCUUAAAGUAAACAUACAAAAAUUUGCAGCAUAAAAAGCAAGCAACGAACGCAUCGAAGUAAACAUUGCUGCCGUAAUCUGGAUACAACGAACCGCAGCAGCAACAGCAGCAGCAGGCGCAGCAGCAGCAUUCCGCCCAACAAGAAAUGUGAACUGUUCUCGCUGUUGGGCAGUUCGAAGGUUUAUGCAAUGUUCUAGUUCUCUGGCAGCAGCAGCAGUAGCAGCAAAGCAAGGAGAGAGCGAGAGCGGAGCAACGGAGCGCCGUUUACGUUGUUGAUAUAUAGUAUAAUAAGUGUGUGUACACAAAUAGCGUGUCGAUCAGCAGCAGCAGCGGCGGCAGCAGCAGCAGCGGGCAGCAUCCAAAUGACUGUUACUGUGACCAGCACAACACAUGCAAUGGAGGCACAAGUUAAAGCAACAGCGGGCGGAGGCGGUGGUGAGCAGCAGCACGACGUCGACUUGGCUGCCGAUGAUGAAAUUACAGUUUUGUUAACAAAUAAAAAUUUUCACUUCGACGCCCCAUCCGAAGCGGACGAAGCGUUCGUGGAGCUCAAUGGCGGUGGAGGCGGCGGCGGAGGCGGUGGAAAGAGCGCCGACAUGGAUCUGGAGGCUGCUAUUGGUGGAGCACAUUAUCAUGAGCCGGCGGAGCAUCCGCAGGUCACCUGGCUGGAUGACGAUGAAAUCGAUACAUUGGAUCGCGUUACGUUGGACAUUGGCAACAUGUUCUUCAAUCGCGUCGACAGCCAGGACAUUAUCUAUCAACAGAAGAAGAAAAACAUCAAGAUGGUCGACAAAUAUGUGAUGGGCGAUGUGCUCGGCGAAGGUUCCUACGGCAAGGUGAAGGAGGCCAUGAACUCGGAGAAUCUUUGCCGGCUGGCCGUGAAAAUUCUGACCAAACGCAAGCUGCGUCGCAUUCCAAAUGGCGAACAGAAUGUGACGCGUGAGAUUCACCUGCUGAAGCAGCUGAAGCACAAGAAUGUGGUGCAGCUGGUCGAUGUGCUCUACAACGAUGAGAAGCAAAAGAUGUACUUGGUCAUGGAGUAUUGCAUUGGAGGCUUGCAGGAGAUGCUCGAUCAUGCGCCCGACAAGAAGAUGCCAUUGUAUCAGGCGCACACCUAUUUCCAGCAGCUCGUCAACGGGCUGGAGCAUUUGCACAGUUGUCGCAUCAUUCACAAGGACAUCAAGCCGGGCAAUCUACUGCUGACUCUGGAUCAGACGCUCAAGAUAUCCGAUUUCGGUGUGGCCGAGCAGCUGGAUCUGUUUGCGCCAGAUGACACCUGCACCACGGGCCAAGGAUCGCCGGCGUUUCAGCCACCCGAAAUUGCCAAUGGCCACGAAACGUUUGCCGGCUUCAAGGUGGACAUCUGGAGCAGCGGCGUCACACUAUAUAAUCUGGCGACGGGUUUGUAUCCUUUCGAAGGUGACAACAUCUAUCGACUGCUCGAGAACAUCGGACGCAGUCAAUGGGUGGCACCCGACUGGCUUUAUGAACUGGAUGCCGCUUUUGCCAAUCUAAUACUGGGCAUGCUCCAAGCAGAUCCCAGUGCGAGGCUCUCACUACAGCAGAUACGCCAAGAUGCUUGGUUCCUGUCCGCUCCAGCGGUGACUGGCCCACCGAUACCCAUUCCUCCACUCAAGGGCGACAAAUACGGACGUUCCUCAGUACUGCCUUACCUGGAAGCCUAUCACUACGGUAACGAACAGGAUCAGGAAGAUGUCUACUUCACCGAACACGAUGUCAAUCAGGAGUUGGCGCGACGUGCAGCAUCGGCGGCUGCAGAGAUUCGCAAAUCGGCUGCUGCCAAUGCCGCGUGCCAUUUGUAUGAGCCAUCGACAAGCGCUGAGGCUGCUGCGGAAUCUGGCUUGGCCAAUGGCUCGCUGGAGGAGACGAGGGUGAAGAAAAAGGGUUCGGCGAUUAAGAGACGCGCCAAGAAAAUUGUAUCCUGCAUCAAAUUGAGCCAUUGCCGGACAUCGUAGGCGACAUCUCCAGCACCCCCG